AUGUGCGACAAGGAUUGGGAAUGGCUUGGCACCCUACCUGGAAGGAAUGCAGACAGCAAGUCUUUUGAGCGAACCUUUGGACGUUCCAUCUACUUUAUUGGAUUCUGCGAGGGCGGGUACGGCACGAUGCGAUGGAUGGGAUGGGCUCGCACUAGUCUGAGCUCGGAUGAGUCCUUUGGGACCCUGAUUGAGUUUCCUGCGAUGAUGUCCCAGCUGAAGUGGUCCCUGUCUAGUGUCUGUACAUACUCCCUCGGAUACACGACCGACCUCCCCCAUUUCACCAGCGCUAUCUGGUCGGUCUUUCUCCGCUACACGUACACUAGUGGCAUUUUCAUCGUCAAUCCAGGUCCACUGCCAAACCACCCAGGCAAUUUGCUUCCGUCUUCUCGUCGGCCAGAUCAGCAAGAAUCAGCUAGGUCGUUCGUCACGGCCGCCACCACCACCAUCACCACCAUCACCACCAUCACCACCAUCACCACCAUCACCACCAUCACCACCAUCACCACCAUCACCACCAUCACCACCAUCACCAUCGCACCCACCCUCCUCCUCCGCCGCUAA